UCCGCUCUCAUUACUGCAUUACUCAGUAAUCAGUAUCUCACAAAAACUAUAAUAAAAGCAAAUUCUCAUUUCUUAAUGCAAGUGCACGUUAAAUCUUUCAAGUUUUAAAUUUUCCAUAAAAAAAAAGAUUUAUUUAGUUCUUUACUCACAUAAUUUGAUGUAUAUUUUAAAAUGCGAAAAUUAAAUUAAACAUCUUAUAGUAAUGACUAUCUACAACAUUUAUAUUUUUGAUCGGAUGGGUACAAUAUUAUAUCAGACAAACUGGAAUCGUCUUAAGCAAUCGGGCAUGAGUAGUGAAGAAGAAGCCAAAUUGAUGUAUGGUAUGUUAUUUUCUAUCAAGUCAUUUGUUUCUAAAAUAUCACCACUUGAUCCGAAACGUGGUUUUUUGUGUUACAAGACUAGCAAAUAUGCAUUACAUUAUUAUGAGUCUUUAACUGGUGUUAAAUUUAUUUUAAAUACCGAUAUCACAAUAAAAAAUGUCAGAGAUUUGUUACACCAAUUAUAUAAAGAAAUUUACGUGGAGUAUGUUGUAAAAAACACUGAAUGUGAAAUGGGACAACCUAUUGAAAGUGAAUUAUUCAAAUUGAAACUUGAUCAAUUUAUAAAACAGCAUAUGAAAAGUUUACAAUAAUAAUAUAAUAUUAAAAAAUUAUAAAAUUAUGUAAGUUAUAUAAUAACAUGUUUAUUUGAAACUUUGAAAGUAAUAAAUUAUUUUAUCUAUUUAAUUAUCAGUCAUGGGGUUUUUUAUUAUGACUGUGGUGUCACUGUAUUAGUGUAUUACCUGUUAAUCCCCUCCAUUGUACAUUGUAAAUUGUAAGCAAAUUUGAAUUAUAACAUGAUAAUAUAAACAAUAUCAUGAAUCAUAAUAUUAUUAAUUAUUAAUUUGUUAUUUAUUUUAUUAUUUGGGAUUGAGGUUUGUCUUGAUUCCUAUCUUUUAGUGUCUUGACUCUUGGGUUUCUUCUGAUGUCUACAUUUUUAAUUUAAAAUUAUUCUGCAAUCAGCAGUACCUAUUGCCUAUGUUAGAAAUUAGUUUAGUAAUUGAAUAUAGAAUGAUAUUACAAAAAAAUUAAUUUUUCAUACUUGGUGUUGAAUAAUAUCUGAUUGUAUUUAAUUGUUGUUUUUGUGAAUUAUAUCUAAUAGAAAUGUUUGUAUUUGAAAUGAA